AUGUCUUAUUACGAUAAUCAGCAAUGGCCAGCCGCCGCGCAGCCUACCUGGGAACAGCAGACCCCGCCGGCUCGUUCUGGUGCCAGUUCAGCCGUCCCGCGCGAGGAUUCUACUACGUUCGGCACACAAAUCGAGGAGGUCGACCGUGCGAUUGAUAACCUGGUCAAGAGCGGGAAGAUGUUUGGUAUGUCUGGUCGGCGCGACUCGGUGCCAAUGUCUGGCGCGGCCAGAUCAUUCCCAGAGCAAUUUGAUCCUCGCAUGGGCGGCACUCCUAGCGGUCCUCCACGACACCACUCGGUCAGUGGCAGCGACUUUGGCGAUGCGCGGUCAUUCUCGGGUUCCAAUGUACAAGGUUUUUAUGCCAGCCAGCGACAUCAACCAUCUCGUGGCGCGAAUGAGGCCGAACAAGUAAUGCAGGCGAAGAGAAGGAUGGCGGCCCAGCGUGAGAGAGAGCUGCGCAACUACCACCAAGAGCAGCAGUACAAUCGAAACGUUAUAGCUGAAGUCUCUACUCUCGGAGGCAAACCAGACCGUACAAUGAGCCCAGGCAGCGGAAUGAGUGAAGAAGAACGCCGAGAGCUGAUUGCACGUCAAAGAAGCGCACUUUAUGGUGAUGGUUCAUACUCCGAACAUGCCGGAUUCGAUGAGAACGGAACCCCCCGCCCAGGAACUCAGGGUUCAGGAUCCCAGUCAGCUGGGAUUAGGGGCCACUCACCACUAGCAUUCGAUCACUACAAGAGCCAAAACCAGAUCGAGGCUCAGCAAGGAAAUGCUGAGCCUCAUUCAGCAACCGGUCAAGCUCCGGGACAGCAACGCUCCCGUGCUAACAGCACCUCGUCGCCAUCCUCCAACCCAACAAGCAGCUUCAGUUUGUUCGAGUCUGCAGCCCAACAGUCCAGCCGAACAUCAACAUCAUCACCUGGUGGGUCGCCUCCCCGUCAAGGUGGGAAGGCGCCCACGAGCUCUGGUGUAGCACCAAUUGGCACCCGUCCUAGUGCAUCCCAAGCACCAAACCCAGCUUUGAACAAACGCUCCACCACCCCCCUCCCCUCCCCCCUUAGCUACGGCUUUGCCGCUGCUAACAAUGAUGAGGGACAGGGUACCGAGAAGGAUGGCCGAGCUACCAGUGCGGCUUCCAACCCGAACAACGCCCAGCAGCAGGAUGUGGGUCUUGGAUGGGGUGGAAAGAGUGGUGGAGUUUGGGGCAAGAAUUCUCUCGGUGUGCAGGCCUCGGUUUGGGGUUAG